UAUUCUCAAGCAAAGUUAUCAGGUACUUCAUUUAAGAGUGUAUUAAAAAUUAAAUCAAAUAAUUAUAUUCUGAUUGCCUGAAGGAUACGGAAUUUACUUGUUUAGUGAAGUGAGAAGUUUAUAUCAGAAAAGGAAAACACAGGUAAGUUUACACAGGGGCUUCCCAAGGGGAAGAAGCAGUUGGUGGGGAGGUAAAAGAGAGUGAGGAUAUCAAGCUAUUGAGGUCACCUCCAGUCAGUCAUUUCUUCUCGGCCAGGCAAUUCCAUGAAACUAACAUAAUGUGCUCUUGAAUUUUACACAGAUGGCAAUCAGGAGUUAUUUCCCUGUGAAGUCUGUGGAAGACGCUUUGCAGCAGAUGUUCUGAAAAGGCAUGGACCAAUAUGUAAAAAACUCUUCAACAAAAAGCGUAAACCUUUCAAUUCUUUGAAGCAAAGAUUACAGGGCACUGACAUUCCUAUUGUGAAGAAGACUCCACAAUCUAAGUCUCCACCUGUGAGGAAGUCUAACUGGAGACAACAACACGAAGACUUUAUUAAUGCGAUCCGAUCAGCAAAGCAGUGUAUGCUAGCCAUUAAAGAAGGCCGACCCCUCCCACCUCCACCUCCUCCAUCCUUGAACCCAGAUUAUAUUCAAUGCCCAUAUUGUAUGAGGAGGUUCAAUGAAACCGCAGCCAAGCGACAUAUUAAUUUCUGCAAGGAUCAGUCUUCUCGCCGAGUCUUUAAUCCAGCCGAGACAGCAGCCAAAUUAGCAUCCAGAGCCCAGGGUAAGGCUCAGAUGGGUCCAAAAAAAGAACCAACUGUUACCAGUGCCGUGGGAGCUUUGCUACAGAACAGGGCCCUCGUGGUCAUGAAUGAAGUCCCAAACAAGUCAGGAUUAGCUAUGGACCCUGCUUCUGGAGCAAAACUCAGACAAGGAUUAAGUAAAUCUUCUAAAAAAGAUUAACUCCUAGAAGCCAGACGGGCUGCUCCCUGAAACCCAUCAGCCUGGAUGGCUGCAUACCCAGGAAUGCCACCUAAGGGGAAGGAAUGUAGAUGUGAUGUCUGUUUAUACACCCUUGAUUCUUCUUGAAGCAUCACUUAGAACAAGUAAAACUAGCUUCAAAUUUUUAUUUACUCCCUUUGAAAUAUUCAAAACAAAACCACUAAACACAUCGAUCGUAUAA